AUGCAUAUUGAGAAGAACGUGUUUGAUAAUAUUUUCAAUACGUGUAAGGAUGUUAAGGGAAAAACAAAGGAUAAUGGGAAGUCUCGGUUGGAUCUUUCACAUUAUUGUAAGCGCAGAGCUUUAGAGUUGGUGGAGUAUGACAAUGAGGAAGCCAAAGCUACGCUUGAAAAGCUUUGGGCGGAACCGGAUUAUGUGAGGAAAAGAGAGAAGGCAAAGAUAAACCGAGCAUCCGAGACUGAUGGGUGCACUAAUACUGGUGGCUCUAUUUCACACUCGGAACAUAAGAAGAGAUUGGAAAAAGAAUUGGGUCGGCCUCCAACUAAUGCUGAGCUCUUUCGUCAUUGCCAUAUCAAAAAGGCUACCAAAGAAUUCGUUGAACGCCGAACAACCACUACAUAUAAUGAUAACAACAAGUUGAAGGAAGCCCAUUCUAGUCAAGCAUCGACCUCCGAAGAGUCACCUCUUGAGCCUCAGGAUGAUGAUUCCAUAUUCAUGGAGGCGACUAAGUAUGUCAAUAAGAAAGGUCGUAUCUACGGUCUUGGAUCAAAGGCGUCACAUAUGCGCUUUUCAUCCUCCUACAACAGACCAUCUAGAUCGGGUCUUGAUUAUUUACAGCAGGAGAUUGAGGAGCGCAUCGCUCGAAUGAGCUCCUAG